AUGCCAACAGAUUGGGAACAAAUCCGAGAAGUGGUCAACACUCACCUCGACCAACAAAGCCCUGAGCUUCUCAAGAUCAACCAAUCCCUCCACACCAACCCCGAACUAGCAUACAAGGAAUUCUUCGCCCACGACACAAUAUCCAACUUCCUCGAAAAGCAAGGCUUUACCACCGCCCGUAAGACCUACGGCCUAGACACCAGCUUUGAAGCAACCAUUGGCACCGGCGGCCGUCUAGUCAUCAUAUGCGCCGAGUAUGAUGCCCUCCCUGACAUCGGCCACGCCUGCGGGCACAAUCUCAUUGCCACUUCGUCAAUCGCCGCGUUCCUAGGAGCCGCACACGCAAUGAAGACGCUGGGCAUUGACGGCCGUCUAAGAAUACUAGGAACACCCGCGGAAGAAGGCGGCGGAGGCAAAGCCCGGCUCAUCAAGGCCGGUGCCUUUUCUCCUCCCGAGGAUAUUGCCGCUGCCAUCAUGGCUCACCCCGUUCCGAAGCACGCCAUCGGCGGUAUCGCCGGUCUAGCUGCACUGGAUCUCAUUGCGAGCCACAAAUUCCGCGUCGAGUUUACUGGAAAGUCCGCACAUGCGGCUGGGGAGCCUUGGAACGGGACAAACGCCCUAGAUGCAGCUGUCGGUGCGUACAACAACGUCAGCAUGUUGAGGCAGCAGAUUCGGCCGGAGGAACGAGUCCAUGGCGUCUUUGAGGUGGGCGGGACGGUACCAAAUGUCAUCCCCGACUACACGAGGAUGAACUGGUAUGUCCGGGCGCCGACUACGGCACAGGGCGAAAAGCUGCAAACGAGGGUGCAUGCCUGUAUCGAUGCUGCCGCCACCGCUACGGGUUGCAGUCACAAUUACAUCGUAGCCGACACGUACAAACAUGUUAUAUCGAACCCAACUCUUUGCGAACAAUACGUCGAAGACAUGGCUCAAGUUGGAGAGAAAGUCCUCGCCAAGAUCGACCAACAACUAGUGGCAUCCACCGACAUGGGCAACGUGUCACACGAGUGCCCUUCCUUCCACGGGAGCUUCUCGAUUCCCGCCCCAGAUGACGCAGCUUUGCAUAGUAGGAUCUUUGCCGCCGCGGCAGGGAAGCCAGAGGCUCACGAGGCUGCUAUGAAGAGUGCAAAGGGCAUGGCUAUGAUGGCAAUGAGGUUGAUUGUGGAUGAGCAGUUUGCAGCACAAGUAAGGAAAGAUUUUGACAGGAGGAAUGAUUAG